GACUGUGUAACGGAAAAGUAAAAAACGGUCUGACUGCAUGGGGACAGUACACAUUUCUCCAUCCAGACAACACAAUACUCGAUUUAAAAGCACAAGAACUGCAGAUAUGGCAGAACAAGCUGAGAUACAUUUUUCACCUGAUGCACUCAUUCCUGCUAGUGAAACUGGAGCUCUAGUGGAAGUCAAAUUUCAGAAGAACCCCUAUCAAGAACAGAAGUAUUUGGAGGCAGAACCCAAAGCUUUAGGGGUUACUCAAAUCAUGCUGAGUCUCUUUUACUUAGGUUCUAAAUGGGUCGUAUGGAAUGUGAAGUGGACCACUGUACCAAACACUGUCAGUGCUUGCCUGUCUUCAGUCAGCUUAAUAGCUGGUAGCGUGGCGUUAGCUGCUCAGACUCUUCACCUUCCCACACUGAAGGCCUGUUUGGGAAUGCAGGUUGUGGCAUGUGCAUUCUCAGUUGUCUGCUUUAUCAUCAGCUCAAAUUUAAUGAACUUCAGUACGUACAGUGAAUGCUGGUACUUCUACCACAACGUCACUACACAAGAAAGCUUAUGUGAGAGAAUGACGUACAUAUAUGAACAUAUCAUUGGUAUAGAGGUGCUAGUGCAAGCGACUCAGGUUGCUCUCUCUGCCACCUUAGCUGCCUUCUGCUGCAAAGUGAUUCAGUGCUGCUCACCCAGGAGUAAUGUGCCCGUGAUAGUGGUGAACGCACCCCCAGCAGCUCAGUGAUCUCAAGGAAUCACACCAAUCUGUUAACAAAAUUUGACUAACUGUUGUGUUGUGACUAACUGAAUGUGUUUAAAUAUAACUAAUGCAUAUUAUACUCACACAAACGUAUAUACUGGGUUUCUAACAAAUAUUAAUGAAGUGUUCCAGCAUUAUUUAACCAAAUAUCAAACCACUAUAUGUGUUGUGUAAGUUUUAGAUUACCUUGGACAAAAAUGUUAAUAUUUACUUGAAACUCACUUAUAAUAGAAGAAUCUGGCAGUUGGGGAAAUCAAGAAAUGUGUGUAUGAACUAUAGAUUUUAUUCAAAGACGAUGUUCUAAACACAUCCUGCUUAGAAUGCCUGAAUGCUGAAUCAAGUAGUUUCUCAAUGUUCUAAUUGAUUUAUUAUUGUUCACCACUGGUUGGUUUCUUUUCCUCCUGUUCAUAGAGACUGGGGUAGCAACAUAGUCAGUUGAUGAAAAAAAAUAUUGUAAGCUUACUGAAUGUGACACUUAGCAAAUCAUGUAAUAAAUCAGUUAUUCGUAAUAAAGCAUAUGCUUCCAACUUUGUGGCAUCAGUUUAGAGAAGGCUGUUUUACUUUUUUCAGCUUGGCUAUGCCACUAUGCACAAAACAAGGUCCAUAAAGACAUAGUUUAACAGUGGUCUGCACAGGGCCUGAACCUUAAUCCCACAGAACAUCUUCAGAAUUAAUUGAAACGUCAGCUGUACAACAAGGCCCCAUUGUCCAACAUCAGUACCAGACUGUUGUGCUGAAUGAGUGCACAUUUCAACAGACACACUUCAUGUUCAUGAAGAUCAUGCCAAAAGAGUGAAGGCUGUUAUAGCUGCAAUGUGACAACUCUAUAAAAAUGCUUGUGGUUUCUUAUUUAAAGACUUUUAUUGUUGUAUAACAAAAUCUCCACUGUAUAUUGUUUUGUUGAGUACAAUUAUCAAUUUAAUUGAGUGACUGCCCUUCAAUUUCUUUUAUAACUGAGUUUUGAGUUUUUACAUUCCUUAGUACAGUGAAACAUCAUUGUUACUUGUAAUAAUAACAUAAAAACAUGAAUUUUUUAUGUUGUACACUUACUGGUCACCAUUAACCCAUUAUAUGUUUAUGAUAAUCAUUUAUACAUAUAUUCAUAUGGUACAUAUAUAGGCUGCUAUAGGUAUAUAUUCAUAUACCUCAUAUUGUUUAAAUGAUUUACUCAUGUAAAAACAUGGACUGUGACAUUUAUGUAUAAACAUUUAUAGACAUUUAAAUGCCGGCUAUAAAAUAUACAGGCAGAAUAAUACAUCAUUCUUAUGAAGCCUAUUUCCAGAAAGGUUGGGACUGUUUCUGUAAAAUGAAAUAAAAACAAGAAUCUGUCAUAUAUUCAUUCUCUUAAAACUUUGGUUAACUACUAAGUACAAGGAAAUGACUUUUUAUAUUUUGUCUGACCAGCCUGAUUGUAUAUUUUGGAAUUUGAUAUCUGCAACACAAAAAAAUUAAGACAGAUGCAAAAUGUAUACUUAAUCAUUCAUGGUUGGGUAUGAAAGGAUCCACCAAAUGGGAUGGGCAGUGGCCUACCACUUUGUGAACUGAAUUGUCAGUCAGUUCUCAGUGCAAGAUUGCAAAUAAUUUAGUCUUGUACCAUCUACCAUCCCAUAAUAUUGUGAAAAGAUUCAGGAAAUCCAGAAAAAUUCUCAGUCUGUUUGCUGAAGACAAGCAGUCCAAGAACAUGGAUUACUGGAAUACCCUGUGGUCUGACGAGACCAAGAUAAACUUGUUUGGCUCAGAUGGUGUCCAGCAUGUGUGGCGGCGCCCUGGUGAGAAGUACCAAGACAACUGUAUUUUGCCUACAGUCAAGCAUGGUGGUGGUAGCAUCAUGGUCUUGGGCUGCAUGCGUGUUGCUGGCACUGGGGAGCUGCAGUUCAUUGAGGGAAACAUGAAUUCCAACAUGUACUGUGACAUUCUGAAACAGAGCAUGAUCCCCUCCCUUCGAAAACUGGGCCUCAUGGCAGUUUUCCAACAGGAUAACGACAACCUCCAAGAUGACAACUGCCUUGCUGAGGAAGCUGAAGGUAAAGGUGAUGGACUAAACCCAAUUGAGCACCUGUGGGGCAUCCUCAAGUGGAAGGUGGAGGAGUUCAAGGUGUCUAACAUCCACCAGCUCCGUGAUGUCAUCAUGGAGGAGUGGAAGAGGAUUCCAGUAGCAACCUGUGCAGCUCUGGUGAAUUCCAUGCCCAGGAGGGUUAAGGCAGUGCUGGAUAAUAAUGGUGGUCACACAAAAUAUUGACACUUUGGGCACAAUUUGGACAUGUUCACUGUGGGGUGUACUCACUUAUGUUGCCAGCUAUUUAGACAUUAAUGGCUGUGUGUUGAGUUAUUUUCAGAAGACAGUAAAUCUACACUGCUAUACAAGUUGUACACUGACUACUCUAAGUUAUAUCCAAGUUUCAUGUCUAUAGUGUUGUCCCAUGAAAAGAUAUAAUGAAAUAUUUGCAGAAAUGUGAGGGGUGUACUCACUUUUGUGAUACACUGUAUGUGUGAGGGUGCGAUUGACUUAUAUUGGGAUUUUAGAGACUAUGCUAUACUUUCUGUAUCAACUAAUUAUAUGUUUUUUUAAUAAACACAAUGUAUUAAAUUUAAUAAAAGUGCAAAAUAAAAUAAUCUUUACUGGUG